AUGCUGACCGAUGACAAUACUUUUCAUCAAGUUUAUUUACCAAUUUUAAAAAUUUGCAAAAAUGUCUCACUUCUCAAAUAUGCUUUGAUAUUCUUUUAUUGUCUGAGAUCAAUGCAAGAACUUCUAGCAGUUCCAACGAUUUGUCGAACUUCGAAGUGCAGGUAAGAAGCUGGUAUACUGUGACGUGGCAAAUCCUCCAGUUUUCCAGCACUUCGACAUGUCUCUGGAUGAAUCGUAUACUCUUAGCCCUCCCAAGAUUCUUCACUCCCCAUUUUUUCGUCGAACAUUGCGCCUAUCUUUUGAUUGUUGUAUUCGCAAGCUGUUUAUUGUUUCUAUAUGCAAUUUAUUUGAAAAAGUAUGACAAGGAAAUUCGAACCAGAUAUCGAACUAUUCUUGUUGUUCCUAGUUUGGUUUUUGAGGUAAGGAGUUGGAUAUGAAAGAGGGUUUUGGUGGAAAAUGAGUGAUUUUUCCCCCCUUAAUUUUCUGAUUUAGCAUAAAAAAUCAUAGAUGGAAUUCCAGUUGAAAAUAGGUUUUACUACCAAUUUAGUGCUGAAAUUCAAUAAUAGUGAUUUUUAAUAGUAAUACUUCAAAGAUCGCCCAAUUUCAAGAAAUUUUCUCAGUGUCCAACAAAAAAUGAAAAUUUUCUUAAUUUUUUUUUGAAUUUUGUGAAAUAGAAAAAAAAACACGUGUCAAAUGUGUAGUUACUGAAAAACCUGUAAUUGCACGAAUUCCAGAUUUUCUUCUUUCCGAGUCUGUUUUGAGUCCUAAAAAUUUUAAUCUGGAAUUCGUGCAAUUACAGAUUUUUCAGUAACUACAGAUUUUACACGUGUUUUUUUCCGUUUUGAGAAAAUUCAAAAAAAAUUCAGAAAAUUUUCAUCCAAAAUUUUUAUUUUUUGUUAGACACUGAGAAAAUUUCUUGAAAAUUGGGCGAUCUUGAAGUUAUCACUUUCUGGUUUUUCCGAGCACAUUUUCUAGAAAAUCCGGAAAUUUUCCAACACAGAAACAUUUUUCAAACAAAAAAAAUUCCCCAAUUCCAGUUCCUGUUCACAUUCCUCUCAUUCUAUUCAAUGAUUGUCUCGCUGUUCGAUUAUUCAAUUGUCGCCCCUCAAAAUCCGGAUGCUUUUUCAUCAGCCUUCAUAAUUUUCGCCUUUAUUGUCGCCACGUUUUACGCCAUCUCUGUGAGUUUCUUUGAAAUAUAUAGAUACUUUUCGGAUAAAAAUAUUAUAUUUCUCUUAAGCUUGUCAUUCAUUUUGCCACUCUAUAUUAUAUUGUUAUCAAUGAGGAUUGUGGAUAUUCUCCAAGCAGAAGUAAUUCAACAUAUUCCUUCAGAAAUUAUAAGAAAAAUCAGCAGAAUCGCCCCAAAAAUCUCAAUGAGGUGAGAGUUCUUCUUCAAUUUUUUCUGGGAAAAAAAUCGAGUUUCAGUCAUUUUGCUCUCGCCAAGCAUCUACAAUUGUGCCAGCUCCAUCAAUUCGCGAAUCAAUGUAUGGAUACGGUAGUUGGCAUGGACAUGCAAGUGAUACAACCAGUUAUUCGCAUGUUAGAUCAAAUCCUAGGGUAAGAUUCAAAAUUCAAGAUAUUUAUUUUAUAUUCUAUAAUUUUUCCCUAAUUUCAGAGCCAAGCGAAUGCGGAAGAGAAUGAUUAUUUGGAAUUGAUUUGA